AUGCCGUCGGGAGUCAAUGGGACUUCAUGCUCCGCGGAGGACUUUGCGCUUUCGCAGGAUAGUGACUUCCCCAAUAUCUACUGCCUCACCCGAGGAGACAGUAUCGGUCUCUCGUUCGGUAUUCAAGCCGGGUUAAUCUCCAUCAUAGCCGUCGUCAUCCUGUUCGGUCUCAUCGUCCGAAAUAUCGUGCGGCACCGCAAAUACGCACCGCGCGGAAGCUGGACGCUCCUAAGGGAGCCAACGGACAUCUACGUGCUCUCCCUCUUCACCCUCGAUAUCAUCCAAGCGCUGGGCAAAGUGACAUCAAUCCGCUGGGUUUACCUCGGAAAGACAUUCAGCGGAGAGUACUGCACGGCACAAGGCGCGCUUCAGCAGUUCGGCGAGACCGGUGUGGCGUGUACAACUCUGGUCAUCACUAUUCAUACCUUCAUGAGUGUAUUUUGGAGACGCGGCCUUCACUCGCGCAUCGCCGCGUACAUCAUUGUCGGGCUGAUUUACCUGUUCGUCUCCCUUUGGGUGGGGCUCGGAAUCGGUUUACACAAGGACGAGGACUUGCCCUUCUAUAACCCAACACCGUACUGGUGCUGGAUCAGCUCGCGAUACGCCAACGAGCGUAUUGGCGGCGAAUACCUCUGGCUGUGGUUGACGCUCCUCAUCUCCAUCAUCCUCUACGUCCCGCUCUUCUUCUGGAGUCAGGGUAACCUGUCCGUGGAUCCCGAGCGCUGGUGGCGCUUCCGCAUCCAUUCCCGCCCAGCCGUUCUGGAUUUCGCGGGCCGACGCCGUCGCGCGUUCUCAAUCCUGGCUUACCCGGCUAUCUACUCCAUUUUGAUCUGCCCCGUCUCAGUCAUCCGCUGGGUAGGGUUCGGCCUGGAAGCGCAAGGGCUGCCAUCAAACAUCCCAUCAGUUGCAACUUUCAUUGUCGACUACACGUACACCCUAUCAGGCGUAUUCAAUGUCUCCCUGCUCCUUCUUACGCGCCCGAACUUACUUCUCUUCGGACCAAUCCCACGAGGAGACGACGAAGCGCCAAUGCUUCCCGAGCCGAAGAACGUCAGCUCAGAUACGCAGAGCAGCGGCACCGUUGGCCGUUUGCACGAUGAAGACGAAGGCUCAGGAUGGGAUAUCCCGAAUCCCGAAGCUCAGACCGCCAUGAGCCAUUCAACAACCCAUACCGCGACACCUGCAACGAUCUCUGCCCAUCCUCAUCCGACGAAUUGA